CGAGCACUAUUUCAACCUUUUACGUUUAUUGCUGAAGAAAAUACCACCUACACAUGACCGGAAGAUUCUUCAAUUAGGUCAUCUGUUACGGUAUCUCAAACAAACAAAUUCUGCAAAUAGCAGUGAGCUAGUGAGCAAUAUUUCAAAUCAACAGCAGUGGGCCAAAAAUCCACAAAGUACAAACAAACCUACGCGCGUCGUACCGUUUCUCUUGAAGUGAACAUUCGUAAGGGUCAAGCAGUGUGGCCGUUUGGAUCCCCCCAAAAAAAAAAAAUGGUAGAAAAAGUGUAGUGAAACAGAUUUGCAACGACUGAAAAUUGUGAGUGCAUCGGUACUUGGGGUCAGCCUGCUGGAACCUGCAAACCCCGUAACGAGUGUGUGCGUGUGUGUGUGUGUGUGGAUGUGUAAAUGUGAAGUGAAGGCUGCCGCCGUGCAAACGAGUGUACGUGAAACCCUAACACGGAAACCGACCAAAAAUCAUUUCAAACCUCUGGUGAGCGCUGCAGUGCACGAGGAGGAUCUGGAAACGAAGAUUCUCCCUUACCGCCCACUAUGGGAACACUUCCGAGCGUAAUGGAUUUACGGCUUCCCAUCCUGUGGUUGCUGCUGGCAGCAGAGCUGUCGGUGGGGCUGCGGAACGUACGGGUCACGGUCCCAACGGCCGUCCGGAAAGGCGAUCCCGUUCAUCUGUACUGCGAGUACGAGCUGGAGGACAACGAGCGGCUCUAUUCGAUCAAGUGGUACAAGGGAAAGCGAGAGUUCUAUCGCUACACACCACAGGUGCAUCCGUCGGUGCAGGUUUUCAGCGUCAGCGGAAUCGACGUCGAGCGGUCACUUUCCAACGAAAGCCACGUGGUGAUGAAGGCGGUCGAAACGAAUUACUCAGGAAAGUACAGCUGUGAGGUGUCGGCCGAUGCACCAUCCUUCCACACGAUCAUCGUCUCAGGGGACAUGGAAGUUAUCGAGCCGCCGCUCGAACAGCCAUCAGUAGCUGGGGUGCAGGCACGAUAUCGACCGGGAGAUAUCCUUCGGGCCAACUGCACCUCGCAUAAUUCUAAACCAGCAGCAAAUUUGACGUGGACGAUUAAUGAUGUACCGAUCCCACCGCAGUACGUGAAGCUGUACCGACCGAUAAGGAUACGUUCACCGGGCUGGAGACAUCCAUCGUCGGUGUCAACUUUAUGGUGGCCACGAUCAUUUCGUGAAAGGAAAGUUGAAG